AUGAAGAAAAAUUAUUUAAAUUUGUUAAAACACGCUUUUGUUAAGGAUAGGAGAAAUCUGGUUGGAGUUGGAAAUAAGAAUAACUUAAUCUUAAAUGAAAAAGUUUAUAUGACACCCCCCCGUUUUAGUAAAAAUUAUUGUAAUGAUAUAGGAGGAAAAGAUGAAUAUUUUAUUCAUGAUUUUGAUUUUAUGGAAUAUUUUUUAUCAAAUUAUGAAGAUCAAUCAAGCCAAAUAUUCAAAAGAAAAUAUGCAUGUAGUGAGAAUACUAAUGAUAAUGGUAAAUUUAUAACGAUCAUUUUAAAUAAUGUUUUAUGUAAAAAUUCCUCGAAAAUUCUUAACAAAUCAGAUAUAUUAAUAUGCGCUGAUGGGGGUGCCAACCGGUUAUAUAAUUUAUACAAAGAUAUAGACAAACUUGAAAAUAUAAAUAACGAUAAAAAUGAAUAUUUAAAUUGUGAAAAUAUAAAAAAAAAUGAAACAGAAACAAAAUUAUCAAAUUUAUUUAAUAAGACAAUUGAAAGAGAUCAAGAAUUUGAAAAUGAUGUAUCUCAAGUAGGAAAAAAAAAAAAAAAAUUUAAACAUUAUCCUAAAAUAUUACCAGAUUUAAUUUGUGGAGAUUUUGAUAGUAUAAAUAUAAAUGUUUAUAAUUUUUAUAAAAAAAAUAAUGUUUUAUUUGAAAAAUGUACUGAUCAAAAUAAUACUGAUUUGGAUAAAUGUAUUGAUAAAAUAAAACAUUAUGUUAAAAAAAAUGAUAAAAUAUUUAUAUUAGGAGCUACAGGAAAUCGAUUUGACCAAACUUGUGCUAAUAUUUCAUCCUUAUAUAAAAAAACAUUAAAAAAUAAUAUAUAUUUAAUAGGUGAAAAUAAUUUUUUAUUUUUAUUAAAAGAGGGUAAACAUAUAAUAAAUAUUAACCCAAAUGUUUUUGAAAAAACAUGUGCAUUAUUACCUAUUGGAAACAAAUGUAAAAUUAAAACAGAAGGAUUAAAAUAUAACUUGAAUUAUGAAUAUUUAAGUUUUGAUAAAUUAAUUAGCUCAUCAAAUGAAAUCAUACAAACUUGUAUAAAAAUUUCCACCGAUUUUCCUAUCUUAUAUAAUUGUUAUUUGAAAGACUUAUGA